AAGCGCACGAGAUCAUAAAGCAAUUAUUAAGACUCCGUGUCCCGCUCGGUUAUGCGACAGUGACGUGUCACCAACCUACACCUCCCCGCCCGCCUCCUCUCUCUUUCUCUCUCUCUUUUUCUCUAUGUCUCUCUCUGUCAACUUCCGUGAGCAGGAGUGGAAAUGUGGGUGUGGCGUCGUUACCGGGGGUGGCCCUGCCCCUGCUCCGCGGUUUGUGCUUUCCGGAGGUGCGUUCAUCGACCAGGGAAAGUCACCGAAUUCACAGUCGCAGCUCGCAACACCCGUCUGAGAAACAACUGAGAAGAAUUAAGGGCUCUACGUGACCGGGACUAUACAGUUUAGUACGCACGCACAAGCGCGCUACCUGGCCACAGCAUUUCGGACGCUCGCGACAUGGAGUAGCUGUCUCUUCUUACCGUAAAAAAAACGUUUGUAUUUUUAUCUCGAUUGUCCGAGUGUCCACUCUGCUGAGGAGACAGACAGACAUGGCACACGUUGGUAACGGAGCCGGUAACGAGGAUGAGGACUGCUUUGAAGAUGCCUUUGAUCGGAUACCUGUGGCGUCCCAGAUGGACCUUCACAGUUCCAUAGAGGAGGUGAGCGUGGCGCUGCACCUGGUCCUCAACAACAAGUUUUCAGAAGCCCUGGUCCUGCUCAAACCCUGGUGGAAGGACAGCAUGUACCAUGCUCUGGGGUACAGCAGCAUCCUGGUCAUGCAGGCUGCUAUGACCUUCGAGCACAGAGACAUCCAGGCUGCCAUGGCAACCAUCAAAGAGGCCUUGCAGACCUGCCAGAGGUUCAGGAAGAAGAAUUCUAUGGUGGAGUCUUUAUCCAACCUGGUGAGCAAACAGUCCAGCAACAGCCUGAGAGAAGAGGAGAUGCAUGCUGAGAUCUGCUAUGCUGAGUGCCUUCUGCAGAAAGCUACGCUCACAUUCAUACAGGAUGAAAACAUGAUCAGUUUCAUCAAAGGAGGGAUAAAGGUCCGGACCAGCUACCAGAUUUACAAGGAGUGUCAGAACUACCUCGCGGCCAGUCAGGAGCUGGGAGCCAACACUGAUUCGUUCACACAGUUUGAGGGUGGAGUCAAACUGGGCAUCGGAUCUUUCAAUCUCAUGUUGUCUCUUCUUCCUCAGAGGAUUCUCCGGUUGCUAGAGUUCAUCGGCUUCUCUGGAAACAGAAGCUUCGGCCUGGCCCAGCUGUCUGAAGGAGCGAACAGCCACAGUCUAAGAGCCAUCCUCUGUGUUCUGACCCUGCUGUUCUACCACACCUAUGUCACCCUCAUACUGGGGACAGGAGAAGGGAACUUAGUGGAGGCUGAGGCUCUGCUGGAGCCGUACCUGGACAGGUAUCCUAACGGUUCGAUCAUCCUGUUCUACUCUGCUCGCAUCGCUGUGCUCAGGGGGAACUUUGAAAAGGCACAGGCCAAGCUGCAGGAGUGCAUCCAGUCCCAGCAGCAGUGGAGGCAGAUCCACCACCUGUGCUACUGGGAGCUGAUGUGGGCCUACUCCUACCAGCAGGACUGGCUGGAGGCCUACCGCUACGCCGACCUGCUCUGCAGGGAGAGCCGCUGGUCCAAGGCUAUCUACGUGUACCAGAAAGCUGCCAUCCUCAGCAUGCUUCCUGAAGAGGAGGUACAGAAGACGGGAGAGAACAUUGUGGAACUCUUCAGACAGGUGGAGGGUCUGAAACAGCGGCUAGCUGGGAAGUCGAUCCCCACUGAGAAGUUCGCUAUCAGGAAGUCCCGCCGCUACAACUCCUCGAGCCCUGUCAAACUGGUGGUGCCAGCACUGGAGAUGAUGUAUGUGUGGAAUGGUUUCACCAUCGUGGGGAAGAGAGCUGAUGCCUCAGAGAGUCUUCUCAUCACCAUAGAAACGGCCGAGCAGCAACUACAAGAUGACCCUAGUCCUUCAGAGUACCUCCCAGAUGACCAGUGUCUGCUGCAGAUGCUGAAGGGGCUGUGUCUCAAACACCUGGGCAGACUGCUGCAGGCCGAGCUCUGCUUCACUCAGGUGCUCUCCAGUGAGCGUCGCAUCAGGUAUGAUCACUACCUGGUGCCCUUCUCCCUGUAUGAGCUGGGUCUGCUCUACAAACUGCAGGGAGACUUCCCCAAGGCCCAGCGCUUCAUCGAGAACGCUAAGCUCAACUACAAGGAUUACUCCAUGGAGUCACGCCUGCACUUCCGGAUCCACGCUGCCCUCAACAGCCUCAAAGGAUCUCCCAUCAGCACCCCCUGAGAUCCACUACCACACCACAGAACAAGACCUGGACUCAUGCACAACCACUACAGGCUACCACAGAAGAAGACCUCAUUCCCAUAUAAACCAUUGAAGGCUACCACAGAAGAAGACCUGUAUUCAUACAAAACCUGUGGACGUUACCACAGAAGAAGACUUCUAUUCAUAAACCCAUGGGGAGGUUUACCACAGAAGAAGACCUCCACAAACAACAUUAAGCCUGUGGUGUAUUUUAGAUUUUGGUCUCGGAGAACUAAAUACUCAGCCUUGUCACCAACAGUGGCUUAGACACUUAAACACACACGCACACACACACACACCAGACACUCUCUUGCUACCAUAUGUGCAGCAUCCAAUCGCCGUCAGCCUUUACUGAACCACUGAUAUAUAAGCAAUACAUUCUCCGUAACCAACACCUGUCCUUCACUCUCCCUGCUGUUUGUCUAGGUCACUCUGCCCCUGGGUCUAUUGCAGAGGGUUACACACCAAACCUGGUAACCACACUCCUUGGCGUUUGUCUAGGCCCAGAGGAGCAGGUGAUGUGUGUUAUGAAUGAGACCGUUUUUAACGUAAUGGCCUGUUCUGUCUGACGGUACUCCAUAGCACCACCUGCUGGUGUAGAGGCAGCAUGGCAGAGUUGACCCUGGUGGCUGUUCUCACCACAGUCCGUCUCCUCAACACUACAGGUCCCAGGUAGAGGGUCAUACCUUCCAACCUGGCAACCACAGUCUGUCUUCUUUUGGACCAAUCAUAGGUUACAUUUUAAUGUACAUACAUGUCUUUGUAAUUUAGACCAAAUAUUUGACUGUGUGUGUGUCCUGCCUGUGGCCUAGUUAGGCCUUCUUUGCUUCAUGGUUAGAGAGCUCAAAAUGACAAUGCAAUAAUGUGCGCUUGUGAAUGUUUGUACGUGUGCUUGUGUAUGUAGCCUAUGUAUGUGAGUGUAAGUAUGUAUGAGUGAAUGUGUGUGUGUGUGAUGGUGAGUGUGUGUGUGUGAGGGUUAGUGUGUGUGUGUGUGAGGUUGAGUGAGUGUGUGUGAGGGUUAGUGUGUGUGUGAGUGUGUGUGUGCACGGUACCUCCAGCCUCCAGGACAUGUUAGUAAAGCAGCAAGGUCAGAGAAGAUGAACUCAGCUGUACAAAGGGGUAAUAUACACUCCAUGCAGAAACCAACCAGUUGCCUUGCUCUGUGUGUGUGUGUUACGUGUGUGUGUUACAUGCGUGGGUGUGUGUAUCUUGUCUUAAGCUGAGAUGUGGGUUGUGCAAUCACCAGGACUAGGGUAACUCCCCCUUGUCCAGAGUCUAAACACACAUAGCCUAUAUUUCUUAGAACACUGCUCUCCUUCCUUCUGUCAGUCACAAUACGUUUUAAAACCACUUGUAGAAAAGUCAAGAGUUCUGGAACCAGCUUGUAGAACAGUCAGCUUUAAUGAAGGUGUGUACUUGUUAAGGGGUUAAGCCAUAGGAAGUCAACUAGGUACCGUCCAUAACUAGCUAGCUACUGUCGAUACCUAACGUUAGCUAGCUACUGUCGACACCUAGCUAGCUACUGUCGAUAUCUAGCUAUACCUAACUACUGUUGACACCUAGCUAGCUGAAUGGAGAUACAUUAUUUGCAGGACAUUCACUACAGCUAAUUAUAGUAAUAAUAAAGGUGUUCUAUAUCUCCAUCCAGUUAGAGUUAGAUCAAACGCACAAAACCAUAAACCAGCAGCGAGGAUGGGAAGACAGGCGUGUACGUCAUGGAGGAACAGUGUUUGUGACCGCUCGUUCUGCAGAGGAAGCUGUCAUCCAUGGACUCUAUAUAUAGUCUGUAUAAAGGACUCGAUGUGUUCUCUAACUAUAUAUAGUCUGUAUACAGGACUCGAUGUGUUCUCUCUGUGUGACUGGCGAUAGCAAUAAACACAUGAGAUUAA